AUAUAAUCAAAAUAACGAAGAAUGAUAAUUGGUUCAACUAUUUGUUUUGUAGGCCUUAUUCUUACAGCAAAGUUUUUCAAAGAGCCUAGCAGGUGGCAUCUUCUAAUGAAAGAGUGGAGUAUAUGGGCCCCACUUCUUUUAUUUAAUCGGGAGCGGGAUGAGAUGAGCUGUGAGGACAGGAUCGAUGUAAAGAACAUCUCCAGGUUCUAUUUCGGGGUAGAGAACCCUGCAGAGGUCCCAUACUCAGAGGAGAAUAUUCUCAAGUUAACAGAUAUGGUUGGCUUAUCCUGGUUCUUUUUCUCAUUUGACCGGGAUAGCAAACUUCUAGCUAAUAAUGGAACACCAGUUUACACGUUUAUCCUGACCUCUCCUCCAGAUUUUUCAGUUUUCGAUUUGUUCAGAUUAAAAAUGGGUGAAAUUGGUCGAAUGUUCUUUUUCCGGAGAUUUGGAUACAAUCCCUUUAAUCAGAAAUAUGGAGUUUGCCACGGAGAUGAUCUUUGUUUCUUGUUCCCGUUUAAUGUUCCUGGGUUCCCUACACGUGUAAAAACUGAAGAACAAAAGAAUACACAAAAAUAUUUAGUUGAUAUGGUUUAUUCAUUUGCCGUAGAUGGUGUUCCAAAAUUGUCAGAUGUGCAUUGGCCACCACUUUCCAAGACCAACAGUGAAUACCUUGAUAUAGGAAGCUGUCUUAUGCUUACCAGAAGUACACAUCUAGAUAAUCAGGAAGAAAAGGAAAGAAUACCUUCUAUCCGUCCUUUCACAGAGUUCCAUGCACAGAUUGCGGUCAAUAGAGCAAAUUUGUAG